AUGCACAGGUACCUCUUUGUGUCUGUUGGAGGAUGCAUCCUGGCAGUCGUCACCAUGGGCAUCUACAGUUCGCUUCUGUUCGCCUCCACCUUUGUCUUUAUUCUGCUCAUGUGCUCUGUGGAUUCCGGCAACUUACACAUCUGGGCGUUUGGUAUCCAGAUGCUGUUGCAAACCCUCUGGCACCUGAUCAUACAGUACAGGGAAUACUGUCUGCAAGAGCCGGUCAGCGUCAGAUUGUUCUUGGCAGUGUCCUCUUCGAUGCUGCUCACUCAGAGAAUCACCUCGGUGUCCAUGGACCUCCAGGAGAAACAAGUUAAGUUCACAUUCGAUGCGUCGUCCAACAUGAAGAGUUGCGUCACGCUUCUCCCUCUCUUCGGCUACAUCCUCAGUUUCACCACGCUGCUCGGUGGCCCUUUGUGCUCCUACAGCCAGUUUGUGUCCCACGUGGAGGGAAUCGGCCUCAACCUCGCACCCAGUCCACUAGGUGUGGUAUUCCUGAAGUUGAUUAGGGUGUCAUUGCUGGAGUUGGCGAGGUUUUUUCUCAUUCACCUUAUAAAACAAAACGUCUAUGAUCCCACUCGUUCCACUGCUCUUUACGGCGUCCUGUGGGUCUGGGGUCUUGCAUUGGCUUUGAGGAUCCAAUAUUACUCCCACUGGAGGAUCAGUGAAUGCCUCAAUAACGCAGCUGGGUUUGGACUUGGUGAAAAUUCACCUGGAGACUCCAGAGCGUGGACUGGACUGACUGACGGAGAUUUCUGGAGGACCGAGGCGUCGAGCCGCAUGUCGCAGUUUGCCCGCCGAUGGAACGCCACGACAGCUUCGUGGCUGCGUCGGCUGGUUUAUCUAAGAAGCAAACAUUUCCCGUUGUUCGCAACUUUUGGUUUUUCACUGUGGUGGCAUGGCUUGCACUUGGGUCAUUUUGUGGGGUUUUCGACCUGGGCAUCAGCAGUGAUAGCAGACUACUACAUACACAGUUACCUGCACCCAAAACUUUCUUCAGCAUGGAGGAAGCUGCUAUACACGUGUUUGGGCUGGAUCAACACUCAAAUGAUUGUUACGUGUGUUGUUAUAGCUGUAGAAUUAAGAAAUAUGUCCGGCUUGAGACUUUUGUCUGUUACAUUCAUUGGUCUGUUUCCCCUUUGUAAUAUUAUUCUACUUAUAAUAUUAAAACUCAACAUAGUGAGCUAGACUACUACAGUAGCUGUGUUAACAAACCCUUGCACCUACAUAUUUGUGAUUUAGCAACUCUACUAUAAUAUG